ACUACAGUCACGUGAUGGCAACGCUCAGCUGUGUUUGAUAUCAGCGUGACUCUGCACAUUUCGCCGUCGGCUUCCGCCGCUUCCCCGCACCUUUAAAAGGGAGCCUGCCCUUCAGUCCUGCAAUAUUAGAGAGCCGAAGCGCAAUGCAGAAGGAGUCUGGUACCAUGAAGAUCCAUGUCGAGUACUGUGGAAGGUGAGGGUAUGGGGCCUGUUAUCAGGAGCUUGCAUCUGAACUCAAGAAGCAUGUGCCUGAAGCGGUGAUCACCGGUGGUGUAGGAAGAACUGGGAGCUUUGAAAUCACAGUAAAUGGGGAUCUGAUCUUCUCGAAACUGGAAUGUGGUGGAUUUCCUUAUGGUGAAGAUAUUGUGGAAAUAGUGAUGAAAAUGAAGCAAGGCAAAAGUGCAGAGAAAGCAACUAGGAACAAGAAGACAUGCUCCAUCCAGUGAGGUGCCCCAUGAGGGGAAGAGUGAGGAUCUGAGUGGAUUACAGUCUGGAGCAGGCUCUGCUAAUGACUGGUUUUCUUAAAAGAUAGAGGAACCCAUGACCAAUAUUAGAAUCUGUUCCUUUCUGCUGUAAUUCACCAGUUUCUGUAAAAAAUUUCCAAUAAAUCUUUUUCCCACUUA